AUUUUCGCAAACACCAUGGACGCGCAAAUAGCCCAGCAGACAUGGGAGCUCGAGAACAACAUAAUCCCCAUGGACACGCCGCCGAGCGUGGCGAAGCCGAAGGCGGACCCGACGGCCGACGCCAUAUUCUACUACGACGAGGCGGCUCAGGCCAAGUUCCAGCAGGAGAAGCCCUGGGCCAGCGACCCCCACUACUUCAAGCGCGUCAAGAUCUCCGCCCUCGCGCUCUUGAAGAUGGUUGUGCACGCCCGGUCCGGCGGGACCAUCGAGGUUAUGGGCCUCAUGCAGGGCAAGACCGACGGCGACGCCAUUAUCGUCAUGGACGCUUUUGCUUUGCCUGUUGAAGGGACUGAGACUAGGGUUAAUGCUCAGGCUGAUGCCUAUGAGUAUAUGGUGGAAUAUUCCCAAACCAAUAAGCAGGCGGGGCGGUUGGAGAAUGUGGUUGGGUGGUACCAUUCUCAUCCGGGUUAUGGAUGCUGGCUUUCGGGUAUUGAUGUUUCGACGCAGAUGCUUAACCAGCAAUAUCAGGAGCCCUUUUUGGCUGUUGUUAUUGAUCCAACUCGGACUGUGUCUGCUGGAAAAGUUGACAUUGGUGCAUUCAGGACGUACCCAGAUGGAUAUAAGCCUCCAGACGAUCCUGUCUCCGAGUAUCAGACCAUUCCUCUGAACAAAAUUGAGGACUUUGGUGUUCACUGUAAACAGUAUUAUUCUCUGGAUAUCACUUAUUUCAAGUCUUCUCUUGACACUCACCUCUUGGAUCUGCUCUGGAACAAGUAUUGGGUGAAUACUCUUUCUUCCUCACCUUUAUUGGGUAAUGGUGACUAUGUUGCUGGACAAAUUUCUGAUCUAGCUGAAAAGCUAGAGCAAGCGGAGAAUCAUUUGGCUCAUUCUCGCUUUGGGCCAUUAAUAACACCCCCACAAAGAAAGAGAGAGGAAGAAUCCCAACUUGCCAAAAUUACUCGGGACAGUGCAAAGAUAACCGUCGAGCAGGUGCAUGGUUUGAUGUCACAGGUUAUCAAGGACAUUCUUUUCAAUUCUGUACGCCAAUCCAACAGAUCUCUCCUACAGCCAUCUCUCACAGAACCAUCUUCUGACCCCGAACCAAUGGUUGAAAGUUGAUUUUGGCAUUCUGGCGGCAGCACUGAUGGCGGAGAUGAUUCACUGCCGGAACGAAACCUUGAUGGAGUCCGGGUCACUGUUUACGAUCCUGAUAUUUUGAGUCCAUUGUUGUUGAAAUUCUGUUGCUAACUUUUGUAAAUCCUCGAGGUGCUGGUGUUUUAUUUUUGUUUUCUUCGGAAUUUCCAUUUUGCUAAUCAUAUUAUCUAUAUACUGUAUGGUUGGCAAAAUUAAUCCUUCUAUUGGAAUUAGGCUUUUGGGGCUCGAA